CUCUCUGGCGCGGUUUUACCCUCUGACCGCAGCAGCAGCAACAGUCUCAGCAGCAGCAGUGACAGCAGCAGAAACAACAGCGGCAGCAGCAACAUAAACAGCAGCAACAGUGUCAACAGCAGCAGCAGCAGCGGCAAAACAACAGCAGCUACAUCGGCCAUAUUUGCGGAAUACACCACGCCGACGUUGACCCUGGCCAUUGACCGAGCAACCCAACGUUCCUACCAGCUCCCUCCGCAGGAAUGUGUUUAUUCCGGAUUAUAAGACGUUCCGGAAGGUAAGGCGCACACCAUAAAAGUGUGCCUAGUGUCACAGUUCAAUUUACACGGAUGUGGACACACCCGCCCAUAUACCGGAUUAUAAGAUGCAACCCCUCCCCAACUUCUUUAAAAUGCAGGGGAGUGCUGGGUUGGGUGCGUCUUAUAAUCCGGAGAGUAGUGAGAAAGUGCUGUAUCUUAUUAAUAUCGUCUAAUAUCGUAUCAUGUUCACCUAUUUGAUACAAAAAAUAUCCACGAUAUGGCGAUUGUUAUGAUAUCAAAAUAGCUGUCUAAACUGUAUGUUGCGGUGAUUUUAAAAAAUAGUGUCGUUUUUUGCUUGUGCGAUCAGUCUCACACAUAGCACAUCGCUUUAAGGUCCUUCAACUGCACUUCACGUGGCAUUCAUUUCACUCAACAUUAGGGUCACUCAACUUGAUGUCUUCGCUUUUCGGUCACCGUCUGCCGGGUGGUUGACCUGGGGGAUCACCUUAAUUCAGCUGUUGUGGAUGGGAAAGGAAGCAGCUUUUAAGAGAUUUAAGAGACUUAAAGAGCUGGGUGGUCCAGUUAAUUAAGUGAUUAAUUACUCAACCGAUUAUCGGUUCGAUUACUCGACUAAAUGGAUGACACAAAAACAGUUGGGGGGGGAGGGGGGAAAAGUAAAACUUCUGUUCCAAUGUGCGCCAGUGGAUGUAUGUUGAACUUCUUUCGCACCGCAUGUAGUCAACGAGCUUAUCGGAGGUGCGGAGGAAGGACAACAAACUAAACACAAAAAGCAGUUCUACAUAAGUGAGUUUUUAAUCUGGGUUUAAAAGUGCAUAGCUCCAGUGGCUUCCUAAUAUCAUUCCGGACAGCCGCAGAAGCGCACCUGAAGGCACGCGAUGCGGUGACCGUCUUUGUUCGAUGGUUAAGCCAAAAGCCACUGAGAGGAUGGCCGGAGUUCGCGUGAUGGUUUAUGCUCCUUGACGAGUACAACAAGGUGUUGUGUUUCAUUUGUGGCAAGCGUUUUGUGUGUAAUGAGUGCGACCUUAUAAUGUAUUAGCUCGGCAACCGGUAGCCAACGCAGCUCGGCGAGCAUUGAAUGGACAUGGUCGGAUCUUGCAGUACCUGUCACGACAUGUGCCAAAGAAUAUUCUACACGCUGCAGCUUGGUCAUGUAAUGGAUCGGAGGUAAUGCGGUGCUUGGUGAUGUCAUUGGCAUAAUCAGCUGUGUCAUGCUGAACCUAGCUUUGUUGGGGGUUUCCCACCUUUGGGAGACAGGAUGUGAGGGCGACCAACAUGUUUAAGGGGCCAGGAUAAUCGACCACAAAAAGUCAUUGGUUCUAAUUUAUAAUAAACGGAUCGACCAAGUUGACCAAUUGUCCCGGCUCUACUGAAACCAGACAUUACUCUUUUUUGCAGUGAGACAUUUCCUGAUGUAGCAAAUGAUGAACGGAUAAUGACAUCAAUCACAAAAUAUACAAUUUACUUUUAUAUAUUCUAACUCAAAAUUUGUUCAAUGAGCUUUCUACGCAUCCCAUCAAGAUGGCGUGCGCGGUGGACACCCCGGUGCUGGAGCCGAGCGGGAACUUCCCGGCGUGGCUGGAGGCGCAGGGCGUGAAUGCGGAGGUGGCCCGGGCCAUGGACUCGGAGCUGGGCAUCCGGGACUACGGGGUCCUGCGCGCCUGCGUCGGGGACAGCCUCGUGCGGGCCGAGCUGCUGUCCACGGCACGCGACCGCCUACCCUUCGGCUUCUAUGCCGUGCUGCGGCAGGUGGUGAAGGCCCUGCAGGGCGCUGAGCCCCACAACGCUGAGACGCCGCGAUGGGACGACGCUGCUUCCUCCCCUGGCGACGUGACGCUGGGAGGCCUGGUGGAGGUGCUGCUUGCGCUGUUCAGCGGCCUGAGCCGGGAGCUGCUGCUGUCCGUGCAGAGGCUGGAUGCUUCUAGAGCGUGCGCUGGGGACUCCACUUUAGCCACUCUUGAAAACAACGUGAUACUUGACAUCGAUGAUAAUGCAGUGAACGCAGAAAAAGUUGGGAAGGACGUUGGAAGCAGUGGAGACGACAGCCCCAAGGAAACAUUGCAUGCAAUAAAGACAGAGGCUCUGGAAGAUAUUAACGACGUGGAGAGGCAUUCAGACUUCAUCGUGAAAGAUGUGGUCUCACUCAAAGGCAUGGCAUUGGACCAUGCGAACGCUUCCAAAGUUGGCACAUUUUCACAGAAGCAGCAGCACAUGGGAGGUAAAACGCAAGGCAACUCCGAAACUGAAGAGGCAUCUCCGCGUGUUGCGUACCCACCAAUGCCAGCAACGAUGCUGCACAUUUCCGAGGAGCAGGUGAUAAUGAUCGGUAUCGAAGGUCUAUCGAACAAGGAACACGAUUACAUUCUUGAUGACCACAAUCUUGAAGAACAGCAGCUUUGUAGAAAAGGGUUUCUAAUUUCGAGCUUCCCAAAAGUGAACAAACCCGUAGUGGAUAAGCCCUACCAGUGCCCCGUGUGCAAAAGGAGCUUUGCGAAGCUUUCCUACUUAAAGUGCCACCAGCGUAUACACACGGGAGAGAAGCCCUUCCGCUGUAAGAUGUGCAGCCAGUCGUUCGUGCAAGCCUCCAACUUAAAGACUCACGUUCGCACACACACAGGGGAGAGGCCGUACCAGUGCAAUUUAUGUUAUCGUAAAUUCUCGCGCAGUCAUCAUUUAAAAACUCACCAGUAUACUCACACAAUGCAGUCAAGUGCUUAAUUUCGGCCGGAAAAAUCGGGAUCUUCAUUAUACUGCGGCGAUGUGUGCGGUGGUGUGUAAAAAUGUGCUUGAAUAGUGUUUUAGGUUAACCAGAUGUGCUUACGGAUAUAACGUAAAUGUUACUUCCUUAUUUGAUUAUAGGGCCCGAUAAUAUGAGAUUGUUGAGAGGUAUAUCUUGUUCUCUAGUGGUAGUGCCUUACACUGAUGAUCACUACUGCAAGCCAACCUAGCAGCGUUCUGGAAAAUAUCGAUCGAGAUGUUAAGUCCUGCAUGUCUUGUUAGUUUUUAUCAAGUGCAAAGCCCUUUCAAUAAGGAAAAAGACUUGUUUUGUAAUGAUUAUUUUGUAUUAAUAUCAACCACUAGCCUUUUGCCCAUCCAAGGACGGGUGUAUUGCAGUAAAUAUAAAAUGAGGGGGAGGGCUAUGUGGAGGACGUCACCUGUUCAUGUUGAUUAAUGAGGGGGGCUGGCCGACGUGGAAUGACGUCACGCGCGGGACACACAGACAUUCUUGGCUCAUUAAUUCUAGAUUUGAAGCUUUCGUGACUGCAAGGAUUCAUAUUCUUAGGUUUUUUCGGUAAAGUCAGGUAGGUAAAAAAUUAAAAUUAAUAAAAGUAAAAUAAAAAUAAAAUCACGACGUUUCGGAGGCAACACAAGCUUCUGUCUUCAGGUGGAACCGUCACAGCCCGACAGCUGUUUUAUUUUACUUUUAUAAAUUUAAAUUUUUUACCUACGUGACUUUACCGAAAAAACCUAAGAAUAUUCUUGGCUCAUUAUAGUAGUAAAUGUCUGGGUUGCCCUAAGAAUAUCGGAGUGAAUUGGGCAUGACCCUGGUCAUCCUGUGCAAUAUAUAUUCCAGAUGUAAUACAUGCGAAUAGCAGUGCCCUUGUACAGCUGCACAUGAGGAGGGUGGUAACUGAUUUUUUAUGUAUUGGCCUUUGAGGGUGGAAAGACAUGUGGAAUUCAUUGAAGAAUGAAGCUGCAUGGACAACAGCAUUUGCAUCCUUAAUAAACCUUUCAAAUCUUCUUGGUUCUUUCGGUAAAGUCAUGUAGAAGGGAAGUAAUAAAAUAAUAAAAAUAAAACAUAAUAAAAUACCGAAAGAACCAAGAAGAUGAAUCCCUGCAGUCACGAAAGCUUUAAAUCGAAAUUAAACCUUUCAAAAUGAACAUUGGCCAGAAUUGAAACAUCAUUUGCCCUGCCACUCUUCGCUACAAUCAUAAACAUGAUUGAAUUUGUUUCAGUCAUUUGUAAAGGUCGUAAAAAUUAUAUACGACGUCGAAUUGUAAUGUAUUACUUACUGUUAGUAACUCAGCUUAUUGUAGAGUAUAGUAUACUGAUGAUGCUAUGUAGUUUAUACUUUAGUUGUUUAUGUAGUUUAUACUUUAGUUUUUUUUACGUGGUUGUUUAGUAACUGCAGCUACAUACUAUUAACAUUCCUUUCCCUUGUUAAUGCUACCCCCCUUCCCCCUUCCCUUUGAUGCUGAUAAUCCUGCAUAAUGGACGGGCAUAAUAUUAAUUUGAAACCCCCCCGCCCACCUCCUACGCAUUUUCCAUAUGCUAAAUUCCUCUUGAUAUGCAAAUUAUUUUGUCAAGGCGCUCUUCUUCCCCCCUCCCCCCCUCCAACCCAGCUUAAAUAUACGCUCCAAACUUGGUGGUGUUUCAUUCUUCACCUGAGGACGGCUGCUUGCGUUGUGGCCGAAACGUCGUGAGAAAUAUUUUAUUAUGUUUUAUUUGUAUUAUUUUAUUACUUCCCUUCUAUGUGACUUUACCGAAAGAACCAAGAAGAUGAAUCCCUGCAGUCACGAAAGCUUUAAAUCGAAAAAAUCUUGUCGUUUCUUCAAUGUGCAGUUGUGCUCGGGCAUCGACGUUUUUGGUCACUUGAUACUUCCCGCUGUCAUAUUCUCUGAAUUAUAAAAACAUCUUUUCCCUGUAUCUUAAAGCAAAGCUCUGGGGCGUGUUUAAUAAUCCAGUAGGUGUGUGUUUAUGAUGAAUCACGAUUGUAUACGUAUGUAGUGGAAUAGCGCUCGCUGCUGUCUACAAAGUGUAACUACAAGAUAGGGCAGUACACAGGUCAAGAGACGACAACCUGCUAGUAGGUUCCAGAAGGGGGGCGUGGUGAGGGCGGAGCAAGGCUACGCCGGGAGGAUAAGAGGAGGCCCUGAGCCAGAGCUCGGGGCUGUUGCUGAAAGUGGACCCCCUGGCCAAGCUGCUGUUCGUCACCACCAUCGACGCCGUCUUCACCAUCACUGGGUGCUGCGAGCUAGACAGCCUGCCAACUGUUUAGUUAGAUAGUGCCGCCGACAAUAGACGGUUGUGUGUGUACAGAUGUAUAUAAUAGUGUGCACCCCCGUAGAGUGUAUAGUCCCCAUUGUGAGUAAAGAAUAAAGAGGUGCCUGCAAGUA